AUGGGCCUCUUCGGCAAGCUCCGCAAGAAGAAGCCGGAGCAGCGAGAGGACCCCCCAGAGAAGCAAAAUGAGCCUGCGAAGGAAGAACGCUCCUUCACAAGGACGUUCACGCGGACCAGAACGACCACGAAGCGCACGGCGGAGGACGCAGAGGAGCGCCGCGAGGCCGAAUACGGCUUCUGGAAGACGUUCCAGGCGUCGAGGAGCACGGGGAGGUACUCGGACGGCGAGGACGAGGACGACGACGGCGAUGGAGCUCGCGGGGGGCCGCAGCAGCCGCAAGGGGCGCGUGCGCAGGACGGCCCUGCGAAGAAGAAGCACUCGCUCCCGCCGCUCGCGGAGGACCACAGCGACCAGGAGGGCGCGCACGGCCACCACCCAUCCUCCUCGUCGCACCAGACACGCCCCGCGUCCUCGCGCAUGCCGUCCAACGAGCGGCCCUCGGCCGCCUAUCGCACCACCCAGCAGCGCGGACCGUCGCGGCACAGCAGCCGCGACAGCCGCAGCCACCCUGGCCCCUCUCGGGGACCCUCCGGCAGCUCCUGGCGGCAGCAUUACGGCUCCCGCGACGAGUACGACCGCGACAGCGAGGGGUCGUACGACGAGGACGACAUCGCGCGGCAGGUGCAGCAGGCCGCGUCGCAGCAGGCCGCGGGCUCCCAGCGCAUGUACGUGGAGAAGGAGCACAAGCGACAGGACAUCAAGGGCAUCAAGGGCCUGAUGGACCAAGUCAUCAUGGGCGCUACGGGCCAGGAGCAGAAGCGCACCCGCGAGCAGGGCUACCUAGGGGGUCUCUUUGCACACAAGGGUGCUGAGGAGGAGACUCUACUGCGUGACAUGGACCGCGACCUCACGGAGCUCGUGCUCGACGAGAUGGAGGACCUCACGGCCGUCCUGAACGUGUUCGACGACCGGAGCGGCCAGGCCGGGUGGCGGAAACUGAACAAGGACCUGAAACUGAUGAAGGGCAUGCGGCACCACCAGGCGCUCGUGAAGACGCGGUUCUGCAUCGAGGGGUGCGACGAGGCGCUCGAGCGGAUCGACGCGCGCAUCGUGCGCCUGCAGCACGAGCGCGACGGGAUGCUGGACGCGCUCGACGGCAUCGAGGAGGCCUUCGAGGAGCGCGAGGUCGUCCUCGAGCAGGAGCGCAUGCGCGCGCGCAUCCAGAACGCGGCGCGCGAGGGCCGCGAAGCCGCCGAGCGCGCCCGCGCCGCCCAGGAGGCGCGCCGCCGGCAGGCCGAGGUCGAGCAGCGGCAGAAGGAGCGCGAGGCCGAGCGGCUCGAGCGCGAGCGGCGCAUGGCUGCGCGCGCCGUCCACUGGGAGGCGGUCGAGGGCCGGAACUCCACCGACGCGGGCGCGGCGCGGGAGUCGUUCGCAACAGGAACGUCGAUGGAGCCGCGGGCGUCGUCGCGGACGGGCCGCGUGCGCGUGACGAACACGGCGGGGUCGAGCGGCGGCGGGAGGGCUGCGCCGAUCGGGUGGGUCCGCACGGGGUCGCACGGGCGCGCGGGCGGCGAGGCGGCUACGCCGAGCGGCCGCGCGCUGCUGUCGCCCGGGCCGCUGACGGCGAGGGCGUCGUUCAACAAGACGGCGCCGGCGGGGUCUGGGCUGAAGGAGGCGCUCGCGGCGGCGUGCUCGCCGCAGGACGCGCAGGGGGAGUCGGCGCAGGACCCGGGGGGGUCGGAGCACAACAGCGCCCCCCUCGGGCAGGCGCUGGGGUUCGCGUCGACGGUCGAGGUGCACCGCGGCGCGGAGCGCGUCAGGGCGGACGACAUAGCGGAGCAGCGCGCGCGGCGCCUGCAGCGCCUGAAGUCGUCGCUCCCUGCCAGGAACUUCAAGGACGUGCUGGAGCGCACCAACACGAAGAUGAUCACGCUGAAGGAGCCCGCCAGCGACGCCACGUCAGCCUCCGAGGCCUCGGGCGGCCCCGCGGCCCACGACGGCAAACCAACCCCUGCUCUGAAAGCCCUCAAGUCGCUCGCGCGCGCCCGCGAGGAGGAGGCGCGCGCCCAGGGCGCCGACGAAGCCGCCGAGGACGCGGCCGCGCCGGAACAGAUCCAGCGCGGGGCCUCGCACAAGAAUUUGUCCGUCGCCAUUCCCGGAGACCCCCCCCCUGACGCCAAGCCCGCCGCGUCCGUGUUCAAGGCGCUGGGCGGCGCGGGCAAGAACCGCUGGCAGGCGGCCGUGAAGGGCGUCGUUGCGGGGCAGCGGUUCGUCCCGCGAAGCAGGCAGAGGCAGGGCGCGGCCGCUCUGCUUGGGUUGGCUGGCGAGGAGGAGCCCGAGACGCCCGCGGCGCCGGCGACGCCCGGGGCUGGCGCGGAGGGCCCGUCGCUGCGCAACCGUCCGUCGGUGCUGCAGCGGGCGUUCACGCUGUAUACGGCGGCGAAGAGGGCGAACGACACCCCCGCGGCCUCAGGACACAACCCCCCGUCGCAAUUCCAGCGCGCCGCGUCCUCGGCGGCCGUGUCGGGCGCGACGGCGUCGUCUGCGGCCUCGGCGCGGGAGCCAGACGCGGGCGGAAGCGCCCGAGAGGAGGGCGAAAAAGGAAAGCUCGAACGGAGUCUUACGAGCCAUCGCAUCGAUCCAGAGGCGCCGGCGACGCCGCAGGCGGUCGCCGAGGGCGCUCCGCCGGCGGAAAUGGAGGAGACCGACGGCAAGGAGCUGCGCGCGCUCGGCCUGGACCCCUCCGUCAUGCUGCGGGCGCGCAUGCUGGUGCGCAUGCGCAGUCAGCUCAAGUCGCAACGGAACCUCCUUCCGGGGGCGUACAAGCCCGACGGCGCGGACCAGGCGCGCGCGGCGACGCGGGUGUCCGGCGGGGCGGCUCCGCUGAACACCCCCGCGACUACGCUACCCAGGAGCAACGCACAGUGGGUGUCGACGCCUAAGGUGGAAUCGACGCGGCCGAAAGUGGUCAGAGAAGACAGCAGGGAGGAUGCGGCGUCGCGGGACGACUCCGACGGCGGCGGGGCGGACGCGGGCGCCCGGCCGGGCCUGCAGCGGCUCAACAGUCACCGCGUGAUGGUGUCUGACGGUGACGUGGAGGACGAUGUGCCGGUGCAGUCGUCCGGCGCGCAGUCGACGGCUGGGUGGACGUACCCGCCGCGGCACGCGUCGGACGACGGCGCGGCGAGCGAGAUGGGCGACUGGGAGGAGCUGCAACUCGAGGAGGAGGCGGCGGCGUUGGAGGAGCAGCUGUGGAGGGUUGAGGAGCUGCUGGUGGACCUGGAGGACCUGUGGGAGGCGUUCGAGUGGGCGACGCAGGCGGCGCACGCGUACGCGUGCAUGCUGAUGGGUCACAUAGAGGGCACGCACGGGCACCUCGUGCGCAUCCUCGUGGACCACAUCAAGCACGAGCACAUCGCGGACCUCCUCAUGCUCGUCCUCCAGGAGGACGACGUCGAAGCCAAGAAGACGCGCUCGCGCGAAGUCGUGCGCAAAGUCACCCUCAUGGAGGCCGAGGUCGCGGCCUACGUCGCCGCGGCGCGCGCCGCGCACGAAGACGUCCUCGACGACCUCAACGACGUCCUCCUCGACAUGCCGGGCGACGUGCCCUCGAAGCGCGCCAUCACGUCGCGCUCCCUCGGCGCCAGGGCCCACGGCAGCGGGAGCUCGGGAUACGCGCGGAGCAGCCGCGGGGCGAUGUCCGCGGCGCCGCACCGCGGGGACCUGGCGGUCGAUGCGUCCGGGAACAGCCUCGACAUGAUCAGACAUGGGCAGCCUGCUACGUCGAGUGCUACGCAAGUCGGCAAGGCGAAGUCGUCGGGCGCGGGGGCGCCGUCGCGGUCGCGGUUCGGCGCGACGGCGUCGGAUCCGCGGGGCCGGGCGCCGGAGAAGGCGUCGAGCUUCGCGGAGGAGGUGGGGAGGGGGGGGGGAGUCGGCGCGGAGGACUAUGACUGGGGGGGGGAGGACUACGAGAAGGCGCAGGCGGAGUUCUUUUCGCGGAAAGCGUCGAAGGACGCGGAGGACGGCGCGCUGGAGGGCGCGGCGACGAUGGGCGGCGACGAGGCGGAGCAGCGGAUGAUCAGCGCGGUGCGGAGCCGCCGCAUGCAGCGCAUGCAGAUGGGACAGCUCUCGCGGCGCGCGAGCAGCCGCAACGCGGAGUCGUUCAUGCAGAGCCCGUCGCAAGGCCCGCUCUCGCGAGGCAACAGCGCCCAGCACGCCCUGAACGGCGGCGGCGAAAUAACCCCCCAGAAACUCCCCCCCGUCAAGUCCGCGAGCGACGACGACGAAGACGACGGCGGCGGCCGCGGGCGCAGCCCCCCGCGCAGCAACGGCGCGGCCUCGCCGGCAGACGGAGGCUCGCGACGCGCGCUCGAGACCCGCACGUCGUCGCGGGGCCUCGGGCGGUCCACCAGCCGCCUCGGUCGCACCGCCUCACGCGGGGGAGCAACUUCGCAGCGGUCGCUGUCGCGCAAGUCCUCGAAGAAGGGCUCGUUCAGGGAGCAGUGGAACGCGCAGGAGGAGGCCCUGCUGUUGCGCGAGAAGCAGCUGAAGCAGAUGGAGUCGGCAAUGGCGUCCAACGGGGGCGACGCGGAGUCGGCGGCGAGCUCCGAGAUCGUGGACGACGACUUCCUGGACGACGCGCAGCGCUCGAAGUACCUCGUCAGGCGCACGUCGUCGCUGCGGCGCACUCGGCAGAUCGGGUCGUUCCGCGCGCUUGCCGUCGAGGACUCGCCGCACGCGGGCGCGCCGUCGUCCGGCGGGCAGAGCCCGGCGACGUUCGCCGCGGCGGGCGCGAGCCUGCGGCGCAUCGCGCUGCCGAUGGACGGCGACGCGUCGCCGGAGCCGGCAGCGGGCAAGCGCGGGAAGAGCGCCAAGAGCUCUGCGGGCGGGAGCUCGCCCAAGGACCCUGGACUCAAGUCUCCAAGUCUGAAGAACCUCCUGUCGCGGCUGACGAGCGAGAAGAAGAAGGCGGCCGCGCCCGAGAAGGAGCGCGCGGCGCCCAAGUCGCAGGUGCAGAAGACGGCGUUGGCCGACCAACGCGCGAACUCGAAAAAGACGAGGUUCCAGCGGCACAUGCAGAAGACGGGCUCCAUCGUGCCCCCGAAGCGCCGGAGCGGCGCCGAGGACGAGUAG